CCGAUAAACUCUAUGUAUACGAUAAUCUAUAUAUACAUAUAAAUGUAUAUCGAUCGAUUAUGAGCUCGUCUUCAGGAAGCAGCAGCAAUGGGGCGGCGGCGGGGGUGGGGCCGUGUGGGGCGUGCAAGUUCUUGCGGAGGAAAUGCGUGGCGGGGUGCGUAUUCGCCCCAUACUUCGACCCGGAGCAGGGACCCGCCGUGUUCGCCGCCGUCCACAGGGUGUUCGGAGCCAGCAACGUUUCGAAGCUCCUCAGCCACCUCCCGCCCCACAACCGCCUCCACGCCGUCCUCACCGUCUGCUUCGAGGCUCAGGCCCGCCUCCGUGACCCUGUCUACGGCUGUGUCUCUCACAUCUUUGCCUACCAGCAGCAGGUAGCAAACCUACAAGCGGAGCUCUCCUACCUACAAGCCCACUUGGAAGCUCUCCAGGUCUCGACACCACCGCCGGCGCCGCCUCAAUCAGCGUCGGCGGCAUACACUAUUCCCGACCAGCUCCCCACUGCUUCUGCAUGCAUCUGCGAUCUCUCUUCUCUCUUUGACCCGACCGCACAACAGCCGCGCCAAAACUUGGGAGGCGCUGCCGCCGGAGAUCCGGCCGAAUACAUGGCAUCCUCUUCGUCGUCGUCCACGGCCAAUGCCGGAGUUCUUCAAGAGGUGACGCGCCACCUUAUGCACAGGCGGCAUUAGCUAGCUAGCUAGCUAUACAUCAAUGAAAUAUUUACACUAAAUAGCACUAAAACUUAAGUCAUUUC